AUGUCCACGAAUCAAUGGCUCCAGAGCGCACUGAAGCACCUACAACAAGCUGAGUCGAUUGGCGAGAAGACCAAUGCGCUGCUGAAGUACACGAGGAAGUCGCUACAGAGGAAGGAUUACUACGAUACCAGGGGAUGCUUCUUAUUGGAUGCGUUGAAGGAACAGAACGAGCUGUAUGGCGCUAUAGUGGACAGCGUCAAGCUACAGGCAGAUGGUAAGAAGAAGCUGCUGAGAGAGCUCGAGAGGACUCUCGCCAGCUCAAUGGCUCAGUUGGAGCAUGCCUACAACAGCCUGAGAGAUGUGCGGUUGCCAAAGAGUCUUCAUGACGGUACACUGUUUGAUUUCAUAGACGAUAAGAUGUUGGACACACUAGAGAGGCAAUCUCGGUCAUUACACACUGGCCAUGAUCUGCUGGAUGCGAUGUACCGUGAACACGACACUUUGAAGCAGACUCUGAACGAUGUGUCUAUGCUGAAUGAUUACGACUUUGACGAUUCUAAUCAACUGAUAGCAACGAUCAACGAAGUCCAGGAGAUCGAGAUGGAGAUUGCCACUAUCUUGGAGUCACUGACCUCGCACUAUGACCAGUGCGUGAAGGGAGUCGACGUAGAGAGAGGCGAGCUGGAGAUGAGCUCAGCAGAGAGGGAAGAGCUGUUUGCAGUGCUGGAAAAGGAUAACAACGACUUACCAGAGAUCAUCGUGGAGAUUGAAGACUGCUUCCAGGAGUUGAAGUUGAAAUGUGACUCCAUUCAGGUAACGACAAAGAUCUACGACGAGCUCGUUGAGAAGGCAAAGACUAUGUUCGACGUUGGCUCCAAAUCCUUGAGGAGAAGUAUCGGGACCUUGGAGAUAACCACAGUGCAGUUCAACAAGUUGGUAGAAGCUGUGAGUAGAGCUUGCGAUGAGAGCAAAGAGCUCUGCGAACACUAUGCGAAUUUCCGAAAGUCGUACGCAGAAUUCCUCAAGGAAGUGACAAGAAGGCAUCAGGCUCAGGAAGCGAUGCUCACUGUUGUACAUGAAGCACAGGCUUCCUUGGAAGCAUUACAACAAGAGGACACUAAACAGAGAGAUGUGUUUUUACAAAAGCAUGGCGAUUCUCUGCCUUCAAACCUAUGGAGCAAGAUACCUCAAGGUGACUUGGUUUUCCUACAGGUCAGCAAGAUCGAUAUUCCAGAGGUGUGA